AUGGGAGGCGUUAUGGAGCUUGAUCUUGGACUUGCGCGGUCGUGCAUGGUCCCCGUGCCGCUCUUCCCAACUCCGGCCUGCGAGGAUAACGGGCCUGUGGUCGACCACCUGCUCCUCCUCCUGCGAACGCUCGCCGAGCCGCGUGAGCUCUUUGCCGCCAACGACCUCUUGGCAUUGGCCAUGACAUGCAAGGCACUUUAUCGUUUUUUUGCCGUCGAGUCGGACAUGCUCCUCCGCUACUGCGGCAUGAUCAUCCGUGGCGGCUGGCCCAAUGGCUUCUCCCCGCUCAAGCUCUACCAUCAAACCGUCAAGGCUCAGGUCGACAACGUCCACUGGCAGCGGAGCCUGCUCUCGGCUGACUUUGCCGAGAAGCGUCUGACCGACAAACUCAUGGCCAUCACCGUCCAUGUGGAGGAGGGCUCGUCGAACGAGUUCUGGCUCCGCCAGCUGCUCAAGUCGAUGGCCGUCUCGCGCUUCCCCACCGGUCCGCAGGCUUCCGACGUCCUCGCCGCCCUCAACACUGUCCGCAAGCUCGACCGCGCCUCGCUCACGGACGCGGCGGUGCUGAACGCUGUCGCCGCCGCCGCCGCGCCGGAUGCCGACCUCGGCGCUGAUGCUGCUGCUGCCGCCGCCUCGAGCUCGUCUGUCGAGUCGGACCCGAUGCCAAAGCCCAACGAGGUGCUCGGCGUGCUGGUGGGCGUGACGCUCGCCGCAGACGCGGCGACCGCCGCGGCCUCGGGCGCACCGCUCAACAAGAAGGCACUGGCGGCGCUGCUCCCCUCGAUGGCGGCGAUCGAGUACGCGGUGGCCCUGAGCGGCGGCGCGAGCGUCGACGAGCUCAAAACCAAGUGGAGCAAGCCGAAGAUCGCACUGCCGCGGCCGCUGCGUGCGGCCAUUGUCAUGGCCAUGGGCGGGAUGUCGCUGACGCGGCUGAUGGACAUGUUCAAGAAGCCCGGGUUCUACAAGGCGCUCUUCAGGGCCCUGCACUUUGGUGUGCUGGUGGGCAAGGUGGUGCCGGCGAGCGCGCAGCCGACGCUCUACAUGCUGCAGGCGCUGCUCACUGAGCGCAAGUACCCGGCAAGUGCCGCCGAGUUUGCCGAGACGGCCUGGGCCGAGCGGGUGGCGGCGCCGCUCGGCAAGCUCGCCAGCGCGCGGAUGUUUGAAGUCGCCGACGCCGAGCUCUGGUCGUCGCCGACCUGGGUCGAGGCGCUCGCGGGGCGCAAGCUCCACAAGCCGCUGAAGAAUACGGUGGACAACGUCCUGGCGCGCGAGGGCAACACCCACCAUGCGUGGGACAAGCUGUUUGAGCUCGGCCUCGUCACGCAUGCGCAGGUCCUCGCCAACCUGCGGACGCUCAUUCUCCUCGAGUACCCGUCGGACAACGUCGGCGCGGUCCUCUCGGCGGCAGCUGACAAGCUCAAGGCCUUUGACCUCCUCAAGGUGGUGGCCUUUCUGCAGGAGACCUUCACCGAGGCGUACGUGGCGCGGUUGGAGGAGCUCGUGGCCGGAGUCCUCGCCGGUGGCGCCGAGGCUGACGCCGAGGGCCUUGUGCGUGUGCAGAUGGAGCCGAUCUCGGUUCGCGACAAGAAGGGGCAGGUCAAGAGCAUUGUGGUCCACCGACGGGUGAGCGCGACGUUCUCGGCGGCGGCGCUCGAGCCCUACGUGGCCAUGCUAAGGGCGGCGGCGAACACGGCGGCGGAGCGCGAGGUGGCGGGCGGGCCGGUCUACGACACGGCGGUGGUGAUCAACUCCCCGGAGCUGCACAACCCGGUGCGGACCGGCAUUCCGCCGGUCAUUCCCGAGUACUCGCGGACCUCGCUGUGGCGCAACGAGGGCGUAGUCCUCCAACAGCUUGUUCACGACGGCGAGACGCUCGACGUGAUGAUGCCGGGCAUCUCGUGGUGCCAGGCCAAGGACGGGCCGCGCAUCGACCUUGACCUCUCGAUCAUGGUCUACUCGUCCUCGUGGGAGUUCCUUGAGCGGUGCUCGUACCAAAAGACGACCAUUGCCGGCUGCCGGCACUCGGGCGACAAGACGUCGGCGCCGUUCCCUGAGGGCGCACGCGAGGAUGUGCAGAUCACGCUGGCGGAGCUUCUCGAGGGCUUCCCCACCGCCAAGUACGUGGUUAUUGUCGUCUUCUCGUAUUCGGGCGUGGCCUUUGACGCCAUGCACGACGCCUCGGUCUUUGUGGCGAACCCGCACUCGACCGGAACCGGCCCGCAGGGCAUGGACGUCAUCUCGGCGGCGCGGCUUAGUGGCGAGACGUCGGUCAACAUUGCCGGGUACAUCACGCUCGACCGCGAGGCCGGCACGCAGAAGUUCACCUGCCUCGACCACUCGCCGUCGUCGAACAACCGAACGGCGUCGGCGUCGACGUCGCUUGUGGCGCAGAUGGUGUCCGAGGCCGACAAGGCCAACGCGUCGCAGGCGCAGCUGCGGCUCAUCAACAUGGCGGCGUUCAUCGCCGGCAACCUCGCGCGCAAGGUCGUCGUCGUCUCGGCCGACGGCGAGAUCGAGGUCGAGCUGACCGGCACUGCGCUCGAGCGGUACGAGGCCGUGCUGGACGUGCUCCGGACCUCGCCGCAGAUCAUCAAGCCGGUCUACCGCGUCCCGCAGCCCGGCGCGUACGGCGAGAGCAUCGUCGUGCUCGGCGGCGAGCUCGACGACCCGCAGCUGGUGGCUCACGGCAUGGGCGCGGCGCAGGUCGCGGUCGACGACGGCGACGACGACGACGGGACCACCGGCCGCGACGGCACCGCCGUCGUCUUUGUCAACAUGCGCUCGGACAAGAACGCCGCCAAGCUCCGCAAGUACAAGGUGCCCGGAACGAAGCGGGCUGAGCUGGCCAUGGUGGUGGAGGGAUGGGACACGCUCAAGAUCCUCGCCAAGGCCGUGGACACGCUGACCGACGCCGCCGACGCCGGGCCGAGCGGGCCCAUCUGCGACUGAUAAACUAAACUCUGCGUCUG